AUGUUCAACACAGAGCUUGACAUGUUGGAAGUGCGCCUCAUGGAGCUCUAUGACAUUGUGGACUUCUUUGUCAUAGGGGAAUCCAGGCGGACAGUACAAGACAAGCCCAAGCCGCUGUAUUAUGAGGAGAACGCAGCACGCUUUGAGCGAUUUGCUGACAAGAUCCUGCAUGUGCCGCUGGACAUCACAGCAGAGGAUAUGGUUGCCAACCGCCUCUGGCUGCAGAAGGUGAAGAAGCAGAAUGGGACCCACAUUGACUCGAAGAUCCAGCGCUAUGGGCCGCUCGAUGAGCCAUUUUACAGGCAAGACUCCCGCAAUACCCCUUCUUCAAAUCGAAAGAGGAGCCUGAGGCAACCUCUGGGGUGGUGGCAGCGGGAGCGGCUGUUUGAGGUGGGCCUGCAGGAGGCAGGGAUGGAGGCAGCGCCGGGGGACCUCAUAAUUCUGGGUGAUGUUGACGAGAUACCGCGGCCAGAAGCAUUAAUGGCGCUCAAGCGUUUCGGCUUUGAGUCGGUGCACAACUGCGCUGCAAUGGAGGCAGAUUUGUUCUACUACAGCUACUCGCUCUACUCUGGUGUCUGGAAGGCGGGGCCCAAGGUGGUUGUUUAUGAAGGGGAGGACACACUGGGUGGGGUGGACCAGGAUGGGAUCAGAUAUGAGACUGAGUGCAGCCUGCAGCUUCCAAGGGCGGCCACGCACUGCACCAGCUGCUUUGGCACGAUUGCAGCGUUCCAGAACAAGUUUGCCUCGUUCGUACACUGGCAGCUCAACAUCGAGCACUUCACCGACCCGGCAAAGAUCGUCGCCCGUGUCACCCGGGGCAUUUCUCUGGCAAGCCCAGAGCCUGACUUGAAGGUGGUUCCCUUCUGCGACCAUGCGCCGGAAUCGGUGUUGGAGAAUCCCUUGCGAUUCCAUUACAUGCUGGCGCGAGACCCCGACACCGGCAGCUUUGCAGACUAUGAAGAACACAUGGGGCACUUGCUUGUGAAGGACAAGUAUCAAAUGUACAAAAUUACCGAAUGA